AUGUAGCAGUCUCAAUUAUAAGUGUUUGAUGUAUUCCGAGGAAUCUCAACUUUCUUAACAAUCAAGGAUAUACUGAAUCUUUAGACAGUAUCAAAAUAAAUGAAGGAAAAUGUAUAAUUAACUUUGAAAGCACUUUUGGCAAGUAUUGGAUUCAAUAAUCCAAAUACAACUACUCCAUACAAUAUAAUAUUUCGUACUAUUUUUGGAAGAGAGACUUACUUUUGGUCAUUUGAUGAAAGUGUCAAACCUUUCAAAAGACGUCAUAUUUUAGGAAUGCCUGUAAAAUCAAUUUAAAUUGGAUUAACAUAUACAGGCAUUCUUACAAUUUAAAAUAGAUUGUAUAUUUGUUAAUCACAUGAAUAUUAAGAAUUUAUCAAUCAGAAACCAAAUUUUAUAAUUAAGUAAGUUAUUUAAAUGCUUAUUAUUUAAGAUUAUAAGUAAAAUAAUUUUCAACAACUAGUAAAGGAAAAUUUAUAUAUUUGAAAGAGAAUGGUGAUUUAAAUAUUGUAUUUGAAAAUCUUGAAGAAUAUUUGAUUGCUAAAAAUGUUGAUUUUUUUGAAACUUCUUAUUAUUAACUUGUUGCAAUAUUUUUAAAUCCUUAAAAAAUACCAUAAUUACCUUCAGAAUAAACUAGAGCCAUUUUAUAUUAAUUAUAAGAUUUAACACCUUAGAAUUGUGAUCAAAUAUAAAAAUACAAACAAAUUAUUUUACCAGAUGAUGAAGUAUUAUAUAAUCAUAUCAUAGAAUAUAAUUCAAAUUGCUAUUGGUAGUAAUGCUAUUUAUUAUUUAUCUAAAACUUAAAAAGUUUAUUAAUCUGAUACAAAGAAUGAAUAAGUAAUAGAUCAAAUAAUUAAAACUGUUCAAUAAAAUUAUUUUGAUAAAAAAUCUAUUAUUUCUAUUUAUAGUGGUCUUAAUUAUUUUCUAGCACUUGGAAGAGAGAAUAUUAAAUCAAUAAAGGAAUGGACAAAUGAAGAACUUUAAGCAUGGCUUUCUAAAAUUGGUUUUUCUGAUUAUGUUAAUAUUGUUAAAUACAAUGAGUUUACAGGUUUAGAAUUUUCAAAAGAAGCAGUUCAUUAAGAAUUCUAAAAAAAUACUCUAGGACUAAUUAAUGCUGAAUUAUAAAUUAAAUUAAGUACUGAAAUUACUAGAGCUAUGGAAUAAUAAUAUAAAGAUUAUUAAUUAUUUGGAUGGGGUAAGAAUGACUUUGGUUAAUUGGCUGUACCAUUAUCAAAUAAUGUUUAAUAUACAAAAGUAUCUUUACCUAAUUUAGAAGAAGAUGAUGAAAUUAUUUAAAUUGAAUGUGGAUGGAAAAAUGUUGCUAUCUUAACUCAUUCAGGUAAGCUUUAUUUAACUGAAAAUUAAUAAAAAUAAUUAAAAAAAGAAAAAGAUAUUUAAUAAUAACCAUAAUAAUUGUAAGAUGAGGAAGGAAAGAAAAAAAAGAAGAGUAGACAAGAUUAAAAAGAUUAAAAAGAAUAAUAAAAAGAUCCAGAAUAAUAAUAAUAAUAAUAAUCUAAGUAUUGGAGUGAUAUUUCCAAAAUCUUUAUCAAAUCUAAGUAAAUAAUAUUAAAAUUAAUAAUUUUAGUGAUAAAAGAGAAUAUAAACACUAUUAUGUAAAUCUAAGUAAAGAUUAUUUAGUUGUUAUAUGUUCCAUUUUUGAUAAAAAAAUUAUAUAAAACUAUUUUCCAGAAAUGUUAGAGCAAAAAGAAUUUCAAAAGAAAUUUAAACCUACUCUUUAAGUAAUUGAUAGAAUUCUUUGGGAUAUUAAAUUUAAUAAAGAAGAUUUUAUUGUUGGAUAUGAAGAUAGAUUUUUGGGAAUAAUGGAAGUUCCUUUUACAGAUUUUAUAAAUAGUUAAGUGAAAAGUCAUAGAGUUUAAUAUUUUAAAUAACAUGGUAAAAUUGUAUGGGAUAGAUCUCGUAGACUUGAUUUAUUAUGA